AUGUAUGAUAUUAUGCCGAUAUUACGACUGGGCCAGAAAUGCAGUUAUCGCACACGUACCGCUUUGCUCUUCUGUGUAGUUAUUCUUAUUGCUUUGGUCGUAUACUCAUUUCUUCCUAGAAAUCAUUCAAAAGAUAUUGCCUUCUCAGUAGAAUAUCAAUUGCUACAGUACAACAGGACGAUUUCACUACCAUCAUUUCUUGCCACAAAGAGACAGUUGUGUCCCAUUGUGAUAUCGUCGACAUUGAACGAAGCAUUUGCUGACACUUUAGCCAAUUUUUCCCGUGUGGAGGAACGGCCAUGGAAGCUGGACACGAAUCAAGGAUGUCAGGCAUUCAAAAAGAUUGCAGGAGAAGAACCCAUGAUAUCUCAAGAAGAGCUGGAAUUUCCACUUGCAUUCUCAUUCAAUAUACACACCGGUUUCGCACAGUUUGCUCGUCUUCUCAGAGCUGUUUUCCGGAAGCAUAACGCAUACUGUCUCCAUAUCGAUGAAAAAUCGGAAGCGACAUUUAGAAAUGAAGUAAAAACUAUGGCACAGUGCAUGGGUCCGAACGUUUACGUUAUCCCGAAGCAACAGAGCUACUCUAUCAACUGGGGUGACUUCGGAACGAUAGAAGCUUGGAUUUUGUGUGCGAAGCACUUUUUACAGUUAUCUUCAGUUCGUUGGAAAUACAUGCUCAAUGGGAGUGGUCAAGAAUUUCCUCUGAGAACCAACUGGGAAUUGGUGAAAGCACUGAAGGCUCUAAACGGAUCCAACAUAAUCGAAUCGGACUACCCGAAUACUGGAAAGCCAAGGGCUCCACGGAUGCAACUCUCAUUUAAUCUCACUUGGUUCAAAGGGAGUGUCUACACCGCACUCCGACGGGACAUGGUACAGUUUGCACUGACAAACAAAAAUGCUACGGAAAUUGUAAACGCUAUUCGAACGCAUGGAAACGCGAGGCGAUUACAAGAUGAAAUAUUUUUCCCCACGCUGGCCUAUAAUCCACAGCUCAAUGCACCCGGUGGCUGUCUCGAGGUUAAUCGACCAACGGAAUCUGAUCCCCGGUCCAUGUUCGUUGGUCGUUUUGCACACUGGUACGGUCCAUGCUUGAGUAAAUAUGCUCGACAUGCCGUGUGUAUCAUGGGUGUGAGAAAUAUACCAAACCUGAUCAGACGGCAAGAGUUUUUUGUCAACAAAUUCAUCUACGACUUUCAACCGUUGGCCUACGACUGUCUGGAAUGGUGGUUGUUCACAAAAAUCAGUCAUGAACGGGAAUUUGGUCAAACUGUGAUCGAUUUCGAUCCAUCGUUUUACAGUAAAUUGUACUGUUCUGUUAAUCAUCUAUAA